AUGAAUCCUGCGACGAUGAAAUUAUGCGCUCUAGCCGAUGUUGUCACGAAAUUGAUGUUGAAAAAUCGUACAUACGAGUGGGAAACGGAGAUUCAGAACUUACCUUGCCAGCUGGAAAGUAUCUCCGUCGAAGAAAUCUUGCAGAUGUUUACCCGAGAUUCAUGCGAGGGAGAGUUGAAAUUGUUGGUCAGUGUAGCCAACAAGACUGCCUAUCACGGUAUCAAAUCUUACUAUGCUCGUUGCUGA